UAGUCCCUUGUAUACGUGGCACGCUAUGGCAAUUACUGCCUACAGAGGGAGCUGUGUUAUGGGGCGGAGGUAACGCUUGCACUUCUUCGAUGAAGAGGUAGCGUCUGAAAAAACUCAAGGCGACAGGUCAGAUUUUUGUCAGUUAGAAUUCUAGGAAACUACAGUGGCACCAGCAGUACCAGACUCAGAGCGUGACAUGGGGCAGAAUGAUCUGAUGAGCAAUGCGGAGGACGUGGCAGACCAGUUCCUGAGAGUGACCAAACAAUACCUUCCUCACGUGGCACGCCUGUGUCUGAUCAGCACCUUCCUGGAGGACGGCAUUCGCAUGUGGUUCCAGUGGAAUGAGCAGCGGGACUACAUUGAGGCCACCUGGAGCUGUGGUUACUUUCUGGCUGCCUGCUUCGUGUUACUGAACCUGCUAGGACAGCUAGGUGGCUGUGUCCUUAUCCUCAGUAGGAAUUGUGUCCAGUAUGCUUGCUUUGCAUUAUUUGGAAUCCUUUCUUUACAGACAAUUGCCUACAGCAUUUUAUGGGAUCUUAAAUUCUUGAUGAGGUUUUUAUAUCACCAAUCAUAUAGAGUGGUUCCAAUGACAAAUUUGACGCGAGCCCGCCCGUUCCUGGUGGCUUUCUUCAACGAAGAUGGCUGACAACAUUACGGGGGAAGCAGAUGGACUUCUGAGCAAACCAGGCUGUCGUCUUGGAAAACAGUGGAUGGGAAGAAUCUAGCUAGCAUUUACUGCAAAUUGAAUGUACAAUUGUGUAAGCUUUGGGGCGGCAGGGUAGCCUAUUGGUUAGAGCGUUGGAAUAGUAACAAAGGUUGCAAGUUCGAAUCUGCGAGCUAACAAGUUACAAGUCUGUUGUUCCGUGCCUAAACAAGGCAGUCAACCCUAGGAACGCACUGUUCCUAGGCCGUCAUUGGAAAUAAGAAUUUGUUCUUACCUGACUUGCCUAGAUAAAUAAAGGUGUUAAAAAAUAAAUAAUAAUAAUUGGCCAAGUUAAAUAAAGGUAAAAUAAAAGCUUGCCAUGUAAUGCAGCUGAAGUAACAUAGCUAGCUAACUAUUUACUUGCUUAUUGUGUAGUGGAGGAUAAAAUAACUGUAUGCCUAUGGAUGUGUAGCUAGCUACAGUAUGUAGCUGAUCUGUGUAAGGACCCCAAGAUGUUAGCUUCUGAACUAAUAUUCAUACCAAUCUAUGAACCUCGGCUAUCAGAGUUGUUGUAUCAACUUCAAGUCCGAAUGCCAUUAAUAAAGCCUAUGGAUUGAGUAGAAUAUACAGUUGAAGUCGGAAGUUUACAUAGACUUAGGUUGAAGUCAUUAACUUGUUUUUCAACCACUCCACAAAUGUAUUGUUAACAAACUAUAGUUUUGGCAAGUCUGCUAGGACAUCUACUGUGUGCAUGACACAAGUAAUUUUUCCAACAAUUGUUUACAGACAGAUUAUUUAACUUAUAAUUCACUGUAUCACAAUUCCAGUGGGUCAGAUGUUUACAUACAAAAUUAUUUAAUGGCUUUAGAAGCUUCUGAUAGGCUAAUUGACAUAAUUUGAGUCAAUUGGAGGUGUAGAUGUAUUUCAAGGCAUACCUUCAAACUCAGUGCCUCUUUGCUUGACAUCAUGGGAAAAUCAAAAGAAAUCAGCCAAGACCUCAGAAAAAGAAUUGUAGACCUCCACAAGUAUGGUUCAUCCUUGGGACCAUGCAGCCUUCAUACCGCUCAGGAAGGAGACUCAUUCUGUCUCUUAGAGAUGAACGUACUUUGGUGAUUAGUGCAAAUGAAUCCCAGAACAACAGCAAAGGACCUUGUGAAGAUGCUGGAGGAAACGGGUACCAAAGUAUCUAUAUCCACAGUAAAACGACUCCAAUAUCGACAUAACCUGAAAAGCCGCUCAGCAAGGAAGAAGCCACUGCUCCAAAAUCGCCAUAAAAAAGCCAGACUAUGGUUUGCAACUGCACAUGGGGACAAAGGUUGUACUUUUUGGAGAUAUGUCCUCUGGUCUGAUGAAACGAAAGUAGAACUGUUUGGCCAUAAUGACCAUUGUUAAUUUUGAAGGAAAAGGGGGAGGCUGGCAAGUGGAAGAACACCAUCCCAACUGAAGCACCCCCCGUGGUAAGCAUGUUGUGGGGGUGCUUUGCUGCAGGAGGGACAAAAUAGAUGGCAUCAUGAGGAAGGAAAAUUGUGAAUAUUAUUGAAGUAACAUCUCAAGACAUCAGUGGAAGUUAAAGCUUGAUCGCAAAUGGGUCUUCCAAAUGGACUAUGACCCCAAGUUAAGGACAACAAAAUCAAGGUAUUGGAGUGGUAUCACAAAGCCCUGAGCUCAAACCUACAGAAAAUUAGUGGGUAGAACUGAAAAGGCGUGUGCGAGCAAGGAGGCCGACAAUCCUGAUUCAGUUACACCCGCUCUGUCAGGAGGAAUGUGCCAAAAUUCACUUAUUGUGGAAGGCUACCUGAAAUGCUUGACCCAAGUUAAGCAAUUUGAAGGCAAUGCUAUCAAAUACUAAUUGAGUGUAUUGUCAACUUCUGACCCUCUGGGAAUGUGAUGAAAUAAAUAAAUCAUACUCUAUCUACUAUUUUUCUGACAUUUCACAUUCUUAAAAUAAAGUGAUGAUCCUAACUGACAGGGAAUUUUUACUAGGAUAACAUUUUUGUAAUUGUGGAACUGAGUUUAAAUGUAUUUGACUAAGGUGUAUGUAAACUUCCGACUUCAACUGGAAUAACUUUGUGCCAAGGAUGCAAGUCCUAUAUAUAGUGGGGCAAAAAAGUAUUUAGUCAGCCACCAAUUAUGCAAGUUCUCCCACUUAAAAAGAUGAGGCCUGUAAUUUUCAUCAAAAGUACACUUCAACUAUGACAGACCAAAUGAGGAGAGAAAUUCCUGAAAAUCACAUUGUAGGAUUUAUUUGCAAAUUAUGGUGGAAAAUAAGUAUUUGGUCAAUAACAAAAGUAUCUCUAAUGUUAUAUACCCUUUUUUGGGCAAUGACAGAGGUCAAACGUUUUCUGUUAGUCUUCAAGGUUUUCACACACUGUUGCUGGUAUUUUGGCCCAUUCCUCCAUGCAGAUCUCCUCUAGAGCAGUGAUGUUUUGGGGCUGUUGCUGGGCCACACGGACUUUCAGCUCCCUCCAAAGAUUUUCUAUGGGGUUGAGACUGGCUAGGCCACUCCAGGACUUUGAAAUGCUUCUUACGAAGCCACUCUUUCGUUGCUCGGGAAGUGUGUUUGGGAUCAUUGUCAUGCUGAAAGACCCAGCCACGUUUCAUCUUCCAAUGCCCUUGCUGAUGGAAGGAGGUUUUCACUCAAAAUCUCACGAUACAUGGCCACAUUCAUUCUUUCCUUUACACGGGUCAGUCGUCCUGGUCCCUUUGCAGAAAAACAGCCCUAAAGCAUGUUUCCACCCCCAUGCUUCACAGUAGGUAUGGUGUUCUUUGGAUGCAACUCGGCAUUCUUUGUCCUCCAAACACGACGAGUUGAGUUUUUCGCUAGGAACCCCAGAUGGGGGGAGAUUAUCAGGGGUCUUGUAUGUCUUCCAUUUCCUAAUAAUUGCUCCCACAGUUGAUUUCUUCAAACCAAGCUGCUUACCUAUUGCAGAUGUCUUCCCAGCCUGGUGCAGGUCUACAAUUUUGUUUCUGGUGUCCUUUGACAGCUCUUUGGUCUUGGCCAUAGUGGAGUUUGGAGUGUGACUGUUUGAGGUUGUGGACUGUCUUUUAUACUGAUAAGUUCAAAAAGGUGCCGUUAAUACAGUUAAUGAGUGGAGGACAGAGGAGCCUCUUAAAGAAGUUACAGGUCUGUGAGAGCCAGAAAUCUUGCUUGUUUGUAGGUGACCAAAUACUUAUUUUCCACCAUAAUUUGCAAAUAAAUUCAUAAAAAAUCCUACAAUGAGAUUUUCUGGAUUUUUUUUCUCUCAUUUUGUCUGACAGUUGAAGUGAUGCUGUAUGAUGAAAAUUACAGGCCUCAUCUCUUUAAGUGGGAGAACUUGCACAAUUGGUGGCUGACUAAAUACUUUUUUGCCCAACUGUACAUGUACUGUAGUUAUUACCACGCAUGCGAUCCCCACAUUGUAGCCUGUACAUUGAGUAUAUUCACUGAUCAUGUACUCUUCCUUGGCAAAUAAAGGUGUGGUUCAGGUAUGAA